AUGGAUAUUGCAGACAUAUAUAUUCGUGUUGGCAUCGAAGCCAGCCCCACAGAGUCAGCAUCAUUCGACGAACCUUUUGGCCUUGGAACAGACGAAGCAGACGCCUGGACAUCGACACUGACGCCGCCUGCUGCUGCGACCCAAGGCUCAAAUCCAAGAAGAAAGCAUUACGCCCCUCGAACACGUGAUGGAUGCUUGACAUGCCGUGCUCGUCGGAAGAGAUGUGAUGCUGCGAAGCCCAACGGCCGCACAUGUAUACGGAUCAAUGCAGCUUGCCAGUGGCCACAGAAGCUUCAUCUUUCACACUACAAUCGCCAGCUUGAGUCAGCGGGUGGAGAGCGGAUUGCCGUGGUGAGAUCAUCAACGAACGCGUCCCCAGACACAAGGUCAAACGACACCGACUUUGGUGGCUCGACGAAUAGGGCAUAUGAGACGAAAACCGGAACCGCUCCAAUUACAUGUGUCCCCAAGAGUCCUGCACCAGAACAUCGAUAUGGACCUGAGCUGGACCCGUCUCAGGCUGCGCUGGAGCGCCACCCGUUGAGCUACUAUAUAUCCGUGAUCAUUCCUCAGAUGACGAUUGUCUCUUCUACGGGGAACUUCUUCACAAGCUUAUAUAUUCCCAUGGCCUUUCAGCACACUGCCGUCUUCGACCUUACCAUUGCUUGCAGUGCUGCCUACCUCUCAAAGUCGGCAUCGAACCCUGCAUCGCAGCUUCGUCACGUUGCUGCGCAACGCCAGAUGCUGGCUCAUAAAUCCAUCCAAACACCUCUAUACAACCGGGACUCCGCAGAAUUGUCUAGUUCGCUCCUGGAGAUCAUAACGUUGUUCUCCAUUGGCUUGGGGGAGAAGGGGGCGGAUAAAAGCUUGAGAUGGAUGCAGAGGGUAAACUGCGUGCGCGAACUGCUGAAGCAGCAUGAGACAAGCGUGGCCGCAGCUUGGACCACAUGGGAGACUGUUUGUAUCCGAGGGCACUUUCGCUACUAUGACUGGAUGUGCCUGGUCAUGGAAGACGCGCUUGACCGCACGACGCGAGGUGAUUUGUCCGAGGAUCUGUUCGGCGGUACCACGCGGUUGAGGGAUCUGCCUGCUGCCCGAGGCCAUGUCUGGGAGCAAGAGUUCUUGCACCUUCAGCAAAAGGGUUUUCGACCCCAGAGAAUGGACGAUGCCGUACAUUUCAUGUUACCGCAAAGUCUCAACGGAAAAUACUCAGUCACCCCAUGGAGCGGUUCCACUUACCCAGGAAGCAGUCUGAGUAUAAUCUCGUGCCGCGACUGUUGGGUGCAACCCUGCUGUAAAGGUCAUCUCCGCGAGAAGCCCCCCUUCACUGGAGGCUGUUUUUGUAGAAGGGUGCGCUACUCGUAUGAUGCGGAACCCGUCUUGAAAGCCAUCUGUCACUGCGGCGGUAGCACUUACAGCCCUAGCUUCAUCGUCCCGAAUUCGGAUUUCGUCAUCACUGCUGGCAACCCCAAGGUCUUCAGCAAGACUGCCGAUUCAAGAGUCAGCAUUGACAAUUACUUGUGCAGAACGUGCGGGACCACUCUUUGGCGUGACUCGGACAAUUACAAAGAUCUCACAACCGUCAAGGCUGGUACGCUGGACGAGGCGCAUGGGGUCAUUUCGGCGAAGAUUCCGGCUGCCGAGACGCCCGGGAGCUUAUCAGUCCGUCUUCCUUUACGCAGCUGCGGUUCGUCUCAGGCGACGACAUGGGGUGAUUCUGUUGCCUCGCUUGCAUCUCUGAACCCCCCAAAACGCUGGCAAACGGUUCACGUUAAGUGGUGUCUCCACCCCUAA